CGCCCAGCAUCCAGCAGCCGGCACACAUUAACCAGCGCUCUCCAGAGACGGGGCCGCGCCGGGACUGCUCCCGCUCCACGCCUGCGGCAUUCUGCAACACGCCGGGGCACCAGCUUCCCUCCAGCCUGCCACAGCCACAGCCUCAGCUCUGCUCAGACCACAUGGCCACUGCGGGACAAGUUAUCAGGUGCAGGGCUGCUGUUGCCUGGGCCCCGGGCAAACUCUCUGUUGAGGAGGUGGAAGUUGCACCCCCAAAGGCAGGGGAAGUCCGAAUCAAGCUUGUGGCCACAGCCAUCUGUCGCACAGAUGAACACCUUCUGCAAGGCUGCUUUCCCAACGCAGACUUCCCAGUUAUUCCUGGCCAUGAAGGAGCUGGAAUUGUGGAAAGCGUCGGAGAAGGAGUGACUUCUGUGAAACCAGGUGACAAAGUGAUUCCCCUUUGCCACCCUCAGUGUGGGGAAUGCAGCUUCUGCCGGAAUCCUGAAUCCAACUUCUGCCAGAAGUCCCAUUUCUCUGAACCACAAAACCUCCUGCCGGACAAGACCAGCCGCUUCUCUUGCAGAGGGAAGCGGAUCCACCACUUCCUGUGGAUCAGCACCUUUGCAGAAUACACCGUGGUCCCAGAAUACGCCGUUGCCAAGAUAGAUGCUGCAGCACCUCUGGACAAAGUCUGCUUGUUUGGCUGUGGGUUUUCCACAGGCUAUGGGGCUGCCAUCAACACAGCUAAGGUAAAACCAGGCUCCUCCUGUGCCGUCUUCGGCCUCGGAGGAGUUGGCCUCUCUGUUGUCAUGGGCUGCAAGGCAGCUGGAGCUUCCCGCAUCAUUGCCGUGGACAUCAACAAGGACAAGUUUGCCAAGGCCAAGGAGCUGGGAGCCACCGACUGCAUCAACCCUCGAGACUUCAAGAAGCCCAUCCAGGAGGUGCUCACGGAGAUGACCGGGCAGGGCGUCGACUACUCCUUUGAGGCCAUUGGGCACGCGGACACCAUGAUUGCUGCCUUGGCUUCCUGCAAUAUGAGCACUGGUGUCUGUGUGAUGGUUGGAGAACUGGAUUCUGGAUCAGAGAUUUCCAUCGAUCCCAUGCUUCUGCUGCUUGGGCGUACCUGGAAGGGGACAGUGCUGGGAGGCUGGAAGAUGAGAGAAUGUAUCCCCAAAUUAGUUUCCAGCUAUUUGGAGAAGAAAUUCAAUUCAGACUUGCUGAUCACGCACACGCUGCCAUUUGCUGAAGUGAACGAGGGAUUUGAGUUGUUACGUGCAGGAAAAAGUAUCCGCACUGUCCUGCUCUUCUGAAGGACACGGCCAAGGAAGCCGCGCAGAGGGACCAGCGCAGCAGCAGAUCUCUCCUGGCCUGAGCCCUUCUCAACCAGCAGCUCUCCUUGUGGGGCACCAGGAGAAGAGAAUGAGCAACUCACCUGUGCUGGUGGAGCUGCUGCUCCUGCUCUGCCCAGACAGGACAUAAAAGCAUCUUCUCUCCCAGGAAAAUGCUUGUACUAAUAAAGGUUUUUAAACCAA